AUGGUUGGAUGGUGGUGUAAUGCUGAUGACACUGAAGCAUUACAAGAAAAAUUCAAAUCUUUUAAUAAAAAUACAAAAUGCGUUGCUAAUGAUGAAGUUUGUAUUGGCAAAGAUUUUGCCCAAUGCGUAACUACAAUAGAAAAUGGUAAAACUGUUGAUAAAUUCGUCACCACUUCUUGUAGUGGUAGUGGUUUAGAAUGCGUUAUAUUACCCUUGGUUUUGAAAUGUGGCUCAUUACUUGUGGUACCUCGUGGUAAAACAACUGCCGGUAAUAAUCCAUCUAAAAGAUCACCUAAAGAAUCAACGCCUAACGACAUGGAUAAAAUUCGUAAAUUGAAUGCUGAUGACGCUGUUGUAAACGGUUCUGUAAAACCAAGAUUCUCCUUACAAUUUUGUGCAGCUGGCUUGAAAUGUUUUGUAUUACCUCUUGUUAAUUCUCGCGGCAUUUCUAUCACUCAUACUGAAGAAGAUCGUGCAAACUGUUUCAAAAAAGCACGUGAUCAGAAUUAA